UCGUAGACACAGAGGCCUUCCGUCUUACAGAAAAAGCUCACUUUUUUGGGUCUCUCUCUCGCUGUCUCCCUUUCCCUGGUUGCAGAAAGUUACCCGUAGAUCUCAAUCCGCCCAUUCUCGCACACUAGGUCCCGCAAAACAGUAAUCCCAAAAGCUUGGGAACCUCCGCAGCAAUGGCGAUCAUAACGGAGGAAGCAGAAGACCAUCAUCAGCAUCAAGAACCGAAACCGAAACCGAAACCUGCGCAGAAACGGGAGGUAAGCCGACCCCAAAACCCCGCUACGACUUCACAAUCUUCACACACAAAUCCAUUCGUUUUCUGGUUCUACUUCACUCUAGCCGUCUCUCUCAUCACUCUCUUCUUCGUCUCUCUCUCUUCCUUCUCCCCACAAGACCCCAAAUCCUGGUUCCUCAGCCUCCCCACUAACCUUCGCCAACAUUACUCCAAGGGCCGUACCAUCAAAGUCCAGAUAUACCCAAAUUCUAGUCCUGUUGAAGUGUUUGCGAUCGAGAAUGGGCCUAGCUCAGCCGAGAAUGUGUUAAUUGUUCAUGGGUUGGGGGCGAGUUCUUAUUCUUUUAGCAGAGUCCUGCAGUCUCUGGGCUCUAAAGAUAUCCAUGCCAUUGCAAUUGACUUGCCUGGAAAUGGGUUCUCCGAUAAAUCUGUCGCUGUUGAGGAAGAGAGGGAAAAUGGGGUUUUGGAGAGGUUUUGGGACGUGUACAGUGAGAUUAAGGAAAAGGGUCUGUUCUAUGCCUUUGAUCAGAUUAUUGAAACUGGGCAAAUGCCUUAUCAAGAAACCGAAGUUCCACCGCUGGUGAGUAGAACGAGUGUUAAGGCACUCGAAUUGGGCACGGAAGAGGUGGGUAAGGUGCUGGGGCAAGUGAUCGAGACCAUGGGGCUAGCUCCGGUUCAUCUGGUUUUGCAUGAUUCGGCUCUGGCAAUGAGUGCCAAUUGGGUCUUGAAUAAUGGGGGGCUGGUGAGGAGUGUGACCCUGGUCGAUACUUCAGUGAAACCGGCAUUGCCGUGGUGGUCCUUCGAGGUUCCAGUGCUUCGUGAUGCUGUCUUGGGUGUUCCUUUCUUGCAUAAUAAGUUGAUCAGUUCAUAUUGUGUGAAAAGAAUCAGUAGUUCUGAUGCCAAUGCGCAUGGGAUUCUGAUGAAGGGAAGAGGUGGAGGAAGAGCUAUUGCUGAGAUCGGGAAGAGGUUGAAUCAUAGCUUCAAUGUUGGAGAAUGGGGUAGUUCAGAAGGGUUGAUCUCCAUGCCGAUGCAAGUGCUUUGGUCCAGUGGUUGGUCCAAGGAGUGGAGGGAAGAGGGGCAUCGGAUUGCCAAAGCACUUCCACGAGCUAAAUUUGUUGAACAUUCUGGUGGUCGAUGGCCUCAGGAAGACGCUGCGGAAGAAUUGGCUGAACUCAUUGCAAAGCAUGUGUCCUCCUUGCCAAAAUCUGCGCAGAAAGUUGAGGAUGAGCCUUUACCUGAGCAUAUCCAGAAGAUGUUCAACGAAGCACGAGGUGAGGAUCGUCACCAUCACCAUCAUCAUGGUCAUGCUCAAAUGGGUGGAUACAUGGAUGCUUAUGGAAUGGGUCAUGGAUGGGAAGGUUGAUUAGACCUCAUUGUGGAAUGUCGGAAGUGGUUGUAUCGUAGAUGCUAGUCGACAUAGAUGACUCUGAUCUUAAAUCAUGGUAUGGUUGCUAUGCAUUACCUCACCUAGCAUCGUGAAGCAUCCUUAGGACAGCUUGCUACCAUGCACCGUUUGCUGCGGCAUCAUGGACAUGGUUGAAACCGUGAUGCUAUUUUGCCUCUCUUUUUUCCCCUCUUUAUCUUGUUUGUGAUUCUUUCGACACAGAAAAGAGAUUAGAUUAGAUCUUGGUAAUCAUCUAUACUGUUUAUUCAGCCUUGAAUUGAUGAUGUGAGAGUGGUUAAUUUACUGUCAUUUUCAAA